GAGUGCAGCACCUCCUACAGCUGCCAGAAGCAGCUCUCUCCCACCAUGAGAACUGUCCCUCUGCACCUGACCAGGACAGUAAGCCUUGGCCUUGGCUGCCUGAUCCUGCUUUCUCUCCACCUGCGCGCAGGCCAAGCCAAGGAGUUGAAGUUUGUGACACUGGUGUUUCGGCAUGGAGACCGAAGUCCCAUCAAUACCUUUCCUAACGACCCCAUUAAGGAAUCCUCAUGGCCACAAGGAUUUGGUCAACUCACCCAGCGGGGCAUGGAACAACAUUAUGAACUUGGAAGUUAUAUCAGGAGAAGAUAUGGAAGAUUCUUGAAUGAUUCCUAUAAACAUGAUCAGGUUUAUAUUCGGAGCACAGAUGUCGACCGGACUUUGAUGAGUGCUAUGACAAACCUGGCAGCCCUGUUUCCCCCAGAAGGGAUCAGCAUCUGGAAUCCCAGCCUGCCCUGGCAGCCCAUCCCAGUGCACACGGUGUCACUCUCAGAAGAUCGGUUGCUCUACCUGCCUUUCAUGGACUGCCCUCGUUUUCAAGAACUCAAAAGCGAGACUUUGCAAUCUGAGGAAUUCCAGAAGAGGCUUCAUCCAUAUAAAAGCUUCAUAGAAACCUUGCCAUCACUGUCAGGAUUCCCUGGCCAGGAUCUUUUUGGAAUUUGGAGCAAGGUUUACGACCCUUUAUAUUGUGAGGGUGUUCACAAUUUCACCUUACCCUCCUGGGCCACCAAGGAUGUCAUGACUAAGUUGAGAGAGUUGUCAGAAUUAUCUCUGCUAUCUCUUUAUGGAAUUCACAAGCAGAAAGAAAAAUCUAGACUCCAGGGGGGUGUCCUGGUCAAUGAAAUCCUCAAGAACAUGAAGACUGCAACUCAGCCACACAAGUACAGAAAAUUUGUCAUGUAUUCUGCACACGACACUACUGUAAGUGGCCUGCAGAUGGCGCUGGAUGUUUAUAAUGGACUUCUACCACCCUAUGCUUCUUGCCACAUAAUGGAAUUGUACCAUGAAGAGGGGGAGCACUUUGUGGAGAUGUACUAUCGGAAUGAGACCCAGCACGAGCCCUACCCACUCACGCUGCCAGGCUGCACCCACAGCUGCCCUCUGGAGAAGUUUGCAGGGCUAUUGGACCCGGUGAUCCCCGAGGACUGGUCCACGGAGUGUAUGGGAACAAGCAAUCACCAAGUCCUGAGGGUCAUCCUUGCCAUCACCUUUUGCCUGGUAUCUGGUAUCCUAGUGAUACUGCUGUUUACCCUCAUCCGCCACGGGCCCUGCUGGCAGAGAGACGUGUAUCGGAACAUCUGAAUGGACGGCUGACCUCCAGUGACAUCUUUCAGUGAGGCAGCACCUUCAGGAUGGCCUUCUGCCCUGUGGGCACUGUCCUGUGCACACCCUCCCUUCAGAACCUGCCUAGAGGUUGUGUGAGCUCACUGUCCCAGAGGAAGAGUGCAGGGCUGGCAGGUUAGAUAGGUCUUCUGGUCGCCGAGCUGGGGUGUGAGCUGCUCAUAGGGCUACCACAGGACUCCUCCCUGCCCUCUCACGCAGGUCCUGAGAGAAACAAGAAGCCAAAUUCCAAUCCGCCUUAUGCCUACAAGAAGAAAGGAAGAGAAAGUGGGACCAGACAGACAUAGGUUAGACCACACUAGGUAGUUCAGAAUGCUAGACUGGAAGUAGAGGGCCCACAGAAAAUGACCUUAGUUGUUCAGUAAACUUAACUCUUCUCUCUCUCUCUUUCUCUCUCUCUCUCUCCUCUCUCUGAGGAGCAAUUCAAACCCAGUGUUUGAUAACUGACAGACUCCUACCUGUACAUCUAACACACACAUAACAGAUAUCCAUAUUCAAAAUGUCUUCAGGUGAGGCGUUUGAUUCUCCAAACCUGUAAUAUCAUUCACUUUAAGCACAGCUCGGGUCAUUUUCUCCCAAUUUCCAUAUAGAGAAAUAACUGAAAAACCCAUGAGUCAAGUUCAUCGUUCAUUUUCCCCAACUCUCACUGUCUGCUUUUUAUACAGUUUGUAUUAUCUUCACUUUGAAAUUAUGAUCUCUUAGACUUAUAAGGGCUGUUCACGGCCGGUAUAAAAUGAUGAUUUUUUUUUUUUACUUAUUUAAUUUUUGGUGUAGUGCUGAAUGCAAACCCCUGGGCCUCAUGCACACUAGGAGAAUGCUCGACCAAUGAACCAUGCCCUCAGCCCUCUCCAACUUUUGUAAGUGUCAACACAGAUAGAAAAGUACACGGGGUGUGGGGUGACAAUCUACUGGCCUUUGGACUUAAAUUUUAAUUUCCUAAUCUAAAAUGGAAGAACCGAGACAAGAGGAAAGCAGAAGUCACAUCUAGAUUUCAUUUUCUGUGAACAAUUUUACUCCACCUUCACUACAUGUAAGUCAUGGUCCAAUCAAGCACCUCCAUACCUGGCACCAUCCAGGAAGUCAUUAGGGAAAUGACUAAAACUUACCUUACAUAAUUAUAUAAAGUAUAUGAUAUAUACACUCAGCUCUCCACUCAGAUCCCCACCCACCCCUCGAGCCCCACGGUGCCCUGUUAAACACCAAGCACUCACAUCUAUAGCCUGUGCUUUUAACACCACUCUCAGUGAGCCAAAGCCACCGGAAACAAAGCUUGAGGAGUUCCUCUCUCUAUCUAUCUAUCUAUCUAUCUUCUCUCCCCACCCUACCCCCC